GCGCGCUGGUUCUGGGAGGCCUAUUUCCGCUCCAUGAAGGCCAUCGCCCUGGCCACCCUCCAGAUCAUCAACGACAGGAUUUACCCCUAUGCUGCCAUCUCCUACGAGGAGUGGAACGAUCCCCCAGCUGUGAAAUGGAGCAGUGUGAACAACCCUCUGUUCCUUCCCCUGAUCCCACCCCAGUCCCAGGGUUUCACAGCCAUUGUGCUGACCUACGACCGGGUGGAGAGCCUCUUCAGGGUCAUCACAGAGGUGUCCAAAGUGCCCAGCCUCUCCAAGCUCCUGGUGGUCUGGAACAACCAGAACAAGAACCCACCAGAAGAUUCCCUCUGGCCAAAGAUUCGUGUUCCCCUGAAAGUUGUCAGGACUGCAGAAAACAAGCUCAGUAACCGCUUCUUCCCCUACGACGAGAUCGAGACGGAAGCAGUGUUGGCUAUCGACGAUGAUAUCAUCAUGCUGACCUCAGAUGAACUCCAGUUUGGCUAUGAGGUCUGGCGUGAGUUCCCCGACAGGCUGGUGGGGUACCCCGGCCGCCUGCACCUCUGGGACCACGAGAUGAACAAGUGGAAGUAUGAGUCUGAAUGGACCAAUGAAGUCUCCAUGGUGCUCACGGGGGCAGCGUUUUAUCACAAGUAUUUCAACUAUCUGUACACCUACAAAAUGCCUGGAGACAUCAAGAACUGGGUGGAUGCUCAUAUGAACUGUGAAGAUAUCGCCAUGAAUUUCCUAGUGGCAAAUGUCACUGGCAAAUCCGUCAUUAAGGUGACCCCACGGAAGAAGUUCAAGUGUCCAGAAUGCACGGCAAUUGAUGGGUUAUCACUGGACCAGACACACAUGGUGGAGAGAUCUGAAUGCAUCAAUAAGUUUGCCUCUGUGUUUGGGACCAUGCCUCUCAAGGUGGUGGAGCACCGUGCCGACCCCGUGCUGUACAAAGAUGACUUUCCUGAGAAGCUGAAGAGCUUCCCCAACAUCGGCAGCCUGUGA